AAUUCGGAAUUCACAACUCUCUUUAUAAGAGAAAGUGAGAUCAGAAAGAAAGCAGGCAGCUGAUAAACAAGAAUUUUAUCUAUUAAAUUAAUUUCUUAUCCAACUAAGUGUUAUCGUUAUGUGAUAUCGUCUUGAAAGAAAAUUUCUACAAUCCGUCCUGGUAAAAGUUCUGGUAACGACGAAAUGGCACCCCUUCGUCCCGUGGGUGGUGCUGACAAGGAGAAAGAUUUCACCAAGCAGCAACGCAACAGGUCACGAGUCGAAACCAACUUAAUUCGUCUCUUGUCUCGCUGCGAGGAUAUGGCGAUGGACACGGAAACACUUCAGGACGAUUGGAGACUAGACAAAUACGUUGAGGCUUUAGAACUCAUGCUGCGGGAGUUGAAGACGGGUCCAAAUCUCCCUGAAAAGGACACCCUUUUAGAGUAUGGCAGAAAAAUAGAAUUCAUCAAGGAAGUGCUCCACACAGCUAAAAUGCCAAACGUUGCGGAGAAAGCAAUCGCAUCUCAAUUAAUCAGUCCCGGGCCCCACUUUUCUUCGGAACUGGAUCACAACCGCAGCAUGGAAAUUAAACAUCGUCACAUAACAAAGUAUUCGGAAGAUUUACGUCGAGAACUUAUGGGAACUCCGACGUCCUCCUCGCCUUCUUCGACAACGAAUACAACUAAAGGGAAGCCUGAAGAUAUCGAUGAGCUAUUAAAAUAUCAUCACACUAUGCAAGAGAAAAUUGCGGAGCACAUGAUAGAGUUGACCAGAAGUAUCAAAGAACAGGCCAUGACUGCAGGAAAUAUUAUUAAGAGUGAUACCGAGGUUUUGGAAAAGUCAGCAAAGUUGAUGGAAACCAACACUGGUUCACUAAAGGUGGAAGCCGAUAAAGUAGAAAUGUAUAACAAGAGUGCGUGUAAAUGUUGGGUGUGGGUCCUACUUUUUAUAGUUUGUUCCGUAUUCGUCGGAAUGGUGCUGUUCAUGAGACUAUUUAAAAAGAGAAUACCCACGUCUUGAACAUGAGACGCAUAUACGACGUUCAAUUAACUUGACUGUGAUUUUAAUAUAUAUUACAGUUAGUUAAUAAUUUUAAAUUGCAAACAAACCUAAUUUUCAAGAUAAUUGUAAAAGAAAAAAUCCAUGUUGAAUGGGCAAUAUUAAUAUUAAAUAAGAAACUAC